UAAAAAUGAAUUGUAAUUCAAUUCCACAGUGAGAUUCAAUGAAAUACGUUUAAUAGUGGAAACAGGAUGAUGAAAAUUGAUUCAGUCCAAGGACGAGAUCGAUCAAAACACGAUGUUUUUUUAUGAUAAAGAUCUAUUAUUAUUCUAAGCCAUCGAGCGUUUUUGCCGGCCUAUUGCACGCGGAAUAAAAAUUGCCUCGUUGCAAACAUGGCGAAGGUAUUUCUAUGAAUAAUUAAUGCAAUUGCAACGCCACUGUUAUCUUCGUCAGACGACGAUCUAUCGCAGCCGUCCUCCUGUCCUUGGCUUUCCAAAGCGGGCGAGAUUCUCAAAUUCGAAAAUGCGGACUUCGACUUUCGAACACGUCGCGGCGCGUCUGAAUACAACAGAACCAUGCAAGAAAAGAGUUAAAAUUUAUUGGACGUCGUUGCGGGCAAGAUUUCAUCGCUGGCUGAACUCGAGGAGGGCAAUCACGAUGCAAAUGCGUUUGAAAUGAUCGUCGACAGCGUGAAACCCGGUGCGCCCAGGGACUUUCAAUACCGUGGACCUCGUGCUUGCGUUCUCGGAUUGUCUUCCACGGCUACAUACAAUUAACAAUCCGGUUUCUUCUUCCGCCUAACGUCUCUCAUAAUCCGUCCUUGCGUCCGGCGACUGUAUAAUUUAUGUAUUGCGUCUCGACUCGGAGUUACACGCGGCCAGAAACAUUAUCAUGCUUCUCGAGGAGAACACGCGCAGAAACGCAUGCGAAGAGAUUCCAAUGUUUCAACGAAAUUAACACCGAACUUAGCCGCGCGCGCUAAAAGAUGACUGACAGAAGAACAAGUGGGAACGGAAGCAAAAUGGCGUGCGCAUCACAGUGUGCCAAGUACUUCCUGUGUUUCUUUAAUUUCGUUUUCUUCGUGGCCGGAGGAGCGGCGUUGGCUCUUGGAAUCUGGCUAUUCGCCGAUAGCAGUUCGUUCACCGACCUCAUAGUCAAACUUGACCAAUCUGCUGACAUUUUGAACAAAACAGAUGCAGGCGUCAUCAAAGUGAUGUCAUACAUUCUAAUCAUAUCAGGAGCACUGACUUUCCUGAUCAGUUUCUUAGGAUACUGUGGAGCAAUGUUUGAGUCACGAUGUCUUCUCUGUGUGUAUGGUAUCCUCAUAUUACUGGUUCUGGUCCUGGAGUGUGUGGCAGUAGGUCUAGCCUUUGGAUACAGAGAACAACCGGAAAAGGGCAUGCAGAAUUUCCUCAAAUCUACUCUCAAGUACUAUGCCAGCAAUAUUGACAAAACAGAAACAGUUACAGUCGCUUGGGAUGGCCUAAUGACUCAGCUCCAUUGUUGCGGAGUAGAGAGCUAUACAGACUUCCGAGAGAGCAUAAACUGGACAGCAACGGAUAAGAUUGUUCCUGAAGCGUGUUGUAUAAAGGAGAACAAUGCUUUGAAGGAUCCUUCCUGCCCUAUAACUCCAACUUCCAAUAAUUCUUACUACAAACAGGGUUGCUAUCAAGCGAUGGUGAGGACAAUAGAAGAAAAUUUAGCGAUUGUGAUCGGCGUGGGUGCAGGUCUGGCAUUUACCGAAAUCCUCGUGAUUAUUUUAGCCCUGCAUCUAGCCUGCUGUUACUGGCGACCCCAACAUGCUUGCAUCGACGUGUCGUCGUCGAGACAGGCCUGGUGAACAGUGAUGAAGAUGGUGUUUGCUUUCUCAAGUAAGGCUUAGAAGGCGUUGAGAGUUCCAAUCCUUUUUCCAUUUCCAGUAGAGUUUGCAUGAGAAUCAGCUAAAUGAUUUCUGAAAACUUUGUCUGGAAUAACUCGUACGUUGGAAAACGAGUUAUUGUAGAUAAUACUGUUUAUUACCGCAGCCUGUAUUUAAUUACACUGUCUAACAACUUCUAGCAUACAUCCUGUGUGAGACCAACGAACCUAAGUGCCUGAGCAUGAAAUAAUCUCUCUCUGAAGAAUUUUCUUUUCAGUAGAAAACGUUUCUUUAACGAAUCAUCACAGAAGGAUAUAUAUUUUUCUAAAGACCUAAGAAAACGUUAUGAUCAUACUAAUCGUGAUAAAUCAGUGAAGAGAGUGUAGUGUCUCUUUGUCAAUUCACACCGGGCAUCCAAAACCUUUUCGUUUGCAGUUUUAACUUGUUGGUGCUGCUGUUGACCAGAUACGUUAACAACGAACUCUCCUCACACCUUCUUGGCACCAUAGAAGUGAAUUGGUUUACGCUUGCUUGAAACUAGCCCAGGAUCUGUUCGUCAUUUACUAUUCAUACUUUAAUCUACGGUCAUUGUAAGAUUCUUUAAAUUAAUCGUUAAUGUAAUUAAGAAUUUUUUUAUUUUAUUUCUAUCUCAGAGAUAUAGUCUCCACACGUCUUUGUUAUUGCUCGCUAUAUUAAUUGAGAUUGCUCUGAAGUUACGGAAACGAGUGGUUUUGUUGAAUUAUUUUUUGUUUGUUGUUUUAAAAUUAUUUAUGAGUUUCAUUGAACGUUUUGAGAAAUGAAAAUUACUUCGUCCUACAAAUCAGUACAAAACGAAAUUUGAGACGCGACAGACAAAACUAUAUGUGUUGGCGUUGAACCACUUUGUAUAUAUAUUUCAACUAGUUAAAGCGUUAAGAUAAUUAAGCGAUUAGAAGAAAUUGAAACGGAUAUUUGAAUAUAUAUUGUAUCGCAUUAUUUUAUUACGAUUCAUUUAGUGUAUUGUAUUAGUGUGCAUAGAUAGAAUUAUAGCUGAACAUUUUGUACAAGAAUUGAGAAUUGUAUAUGGACUUGUACCGUUUUCCAAAGUGUAAGAAUAUACAAAUUUUGUAUUAUUUUUAAAAA